AUGGUUUUCGGUUUACUCGAAAUGUCCAGAAUUUUUAUCAACUUGAUAGCAUUUCAAAUGGAUAUGCUAUACAUAAAUUGCGUUUGUAUCUUAAAAGCCUGUUUCAAAGAAAUCAACGAUAAUCUGGAGAAUCUGCCGGUGAUCGUGGUGAAUAAUCCUAGAUGGAUCUAUCAUGAGCAGAGACAUCCGUUCUUGCUGAUAAAACUUAAGGUUCUGAAGAAACAGCAUCUGAUGAUAAGUGACACAGUGAAAAUGCUUAACAUGAUUUUCAGUCUGCAUCUUCUCGCUACCAUAGCUGUAUCCUUCGGGCAGACAAUAUUCUACGUCUAUUUUGAUGCAAUACAAUGGCAAAACGGGAUAUCCUUAAAUCGAGACAGGAUUUAUAAUGUAUUUUUCAUAUCAGUAUUAAUAUAUUACUUCACAAGAUUAACAUUAAUAGUGUGGGCUUGCGAAACCGGCAAAAAUGAAGCGAUAAGAAUUAGCACUACCAUUCACGAUGUGCUUAAUAGCAUCAAAAAUGUGCAAAUCAGAGAUGAGUUAAAUUUGUUCUCCUUGCAAAUAUUGCAUUGCGAUAAUACAUUCUCCGCGAAAGGUAUAACUGUAGAUGCAACGUUGAUGACUGUGAUGGUGAGUAGCGUUUCCACAAAUUUUAAAGUCAAGUCAAGGGCCAAAACGAAAGGAGAAAGGUGGAGAUUGUUCCGUGCCACCGAUUUUCAAUCUUUGAUGUAUCCCAACUUUAUCAUAAGUAAAAUUCUCGGAAUAUUUCCAUACAGAAUUAAGGCUUCAUCUUUUGAAACAUCUAAACCGCGCUAUAUUCUAUGGACUAUUAUUCUCUGCGUAAUCUGUGUUUAUGAGUUGACAAUGUUGUAUGAACUCAAUUUUUCUGGAAAAAUCAAGAUUGAUGUACCCAAGACCAUCUCGUUGAAUUUCUCCUUUUUGUAUGGAUUAUUUCUAACGGUUAUCUCUUAUGCCUUGAGUGGUCCACGAAUGCGUUUACUUCAGACCGUAUCAGAUAUUUCUUUAAGAUUGCCCCGGAAAUCAUAUCAAAAACUUUCUAAAUUAAUACACCCUAAGGACGUAUUCGGAUUUUUCUUUCAUUUCUGGCUAGCGCUAACAUAUUUCUUGUAUUCUGAAACGAUGGUUUUUGGUUUACUCGAAAUGUCCAGAGUUAUCAUUAGCUUGUUGGCGUUUCAAAUGGAUAUGCUAUACAUAAAUUGCGUUUGUGUCUUAAAAGCUUGUUUCAAGGAAAUCAACGAUAAUCUAGAGAAUCUGCGAGAACUUGUAAUGAAUAAUAUUCCUAGACUAUAUCAUGAGCAGAAACAUCCAUACUUGCUGAUAAAACUUAAAACUGUGGAGAAACAGCAUCUGAUGAUAAGUGACACAGUGCAGAUGCUUAACAUGAUUUUCAGUCUGCAUCUUCUUGCUACCAUAGCGUUAUCUUUCAAGCAGAUAAUAUUCUACUUGUAUUUCAAUGUAAUACAAUGGCAAAACGGGAUAUCCUUGAAUCGAGAUAAUAUUUAUAAUGUAUAUUUUAUAUCAUUUCUAAUUUAUUAUUUUAUAAGAUUGACAUUGAUAGUGUGGGCUUGCGAAACUGGCAAAAAUGAAGCGACAAAAACUGGCACUACCAUCCACGAUGUGCUUAACAGUAUCAGCGAUGUGCAAAUCAAAGAUGAGUUAAAUUCGUUUUCCUUGCAAAUAUUGCAUUGCAAUAAUACAUUCUCCGCAAAAGGUCUUACUGUAGAUGCAACGUUGCUCACUGUGAUGGUGAGUAGUGUUUCCACAUAUCUAUUAAUUUUAAUACAAUUUUUGAUCAUGACACAUUCUUGCGACAGUAAGACAGAUGCAGUUAAUUAUACACAAUUUAAUUAUUACAAAGGCGUUUGA